AUGCACGAUCCAUUCCCCAUCGCGCGGCCUGAGAGCCUUGUCAAGUAUGUCCAGCCCGUGACUGACUACCUAUCUCUCAACACGCUGCCCCUGCACUUCCACGAGGUUGCUGCUGCCUAUGUCCUGUACGACGUCACCUACCGCUUCAUUGCGCCCGCUUUUUCGCGCAUCUUUUUUCCUCGCGUAUAUGCCACCUUCAACGCUCGCACAAAGUUAAACUGGGAUGUCCACAUCGUGUCGUUCGUCCAGAGCACCCUCAUCUGCGCCCUGGCCCUAUGGGUCAUGUGGACAGACAAGGAGUUGAAUAGCAUGGACAGGGUAGAACGUGUGCAUGGAUACACGGGCGCGUCUGGCUUGAUCCAGGCAUUCGCCGGCGGAUACUUCCUAUGGGACUUGGUCAUCACUGUCCAGAAUGUCAAGAUCUUUGGAAUCGGCAUGCUGUUCCAUGCCAUUUCUGCUCUCUGCGUCUUUUCGUUAGGUUUCCGCCCAUUCGUAAACUACUAUGCGUGCACUUUUAUCCUCUACGAACUCUCCUCGCCCUUCCUCAAUAUCCACUGGUUUUGCGACAAGCUCAACAUGACUGGUAGCACCGUCCAGUUCGUCAACGGCCUAAUGCUACUGUUCACCUUCUUCUCCUGCCGUCUUGUCUGGGGAACCUACCAGUCAAUCCGCGUAUUCGGCGAUGUCUACCACCUAUACAUGAGUAGCCACAUCCCCCAACACGACCCCGAGGUUGGCAAACUGUCAGACGACACUUAUGUCAAUAACGCAGGCUUCAAGAAUGAUCUUCUUCAAUAUUCCUCUGGCCAAACUAUUCCGCUCUGGCUCAUCUCCGCCUACCUAGCCUCCAACCUUAUCCUCAAUGGCCUCAACUGGUUCUGGUUCAGCAAGAUGAUCGAGACACUACGCAAGCGCUUCGACCCACCUAUUGGCACGAGGAAAGUACAGUCCAAGGUCAAUGCCGCUCCCGUUGAAAUACCCGAAAACGAAAAGGUCUUGAUUGAGGGUAUUCAUGUCUCUACCCCUGGUGUCGUUGAAAAGGACACUGAAGAUUAUGUCAAUAUAGCGUCUCCCAAGUCACUUCAGUUUCAGAAGAACAAGAGCGGGACGCACUUGGAAGUCAAGCAGAGCGAGGUUCGCAGUCGGAACCCUUCGCAGAGAGCUGCUCAUGCGGCAUAA